ACUGCUUGCUCGGGAAAAAGUGUAUUUGCUAAUCAACAGGCAGCGGCGGAUAAUCAAUUUCGGUUGCACGCUGCCGAGGCUGCUGCCACCGCCUGCGCGCCAAUUGUCCCUUCGGCCGUGGUGCACUCGCUCGCGUCGUCGGGGGUAGUGGGACAGAAAGAACGCGGGAGGAGAAGGUGAACGCGCUCUCCGAGACAGAGACGCGGCCGCUUGUAUUUCACGGGGGACAGUGUGGCACAGUGCACGCGACUAUAACACACAGCCGGGGGUCACGGUCGGAGCUUACAUCGUCGUCUUCUUCUUCUUCUUCUUCUUCUUCUUCUUCUUCUUCUUCCUCUUCUCCUUCCGCCUAGUGACUCGUCUUCCCCGCCCGGACUUUUAUCAUGAACAAAGCGGAGGACGGUAAUAGCUCGGGCAACGAUGAGGGCACCUGCGGGAAGGUUCUUAUCGUGCUGUCGUGGAUCCUGGUGGUGCUGACGAUGCCGUUCUCCCUGUUCGUCUGCUUCAAGGUGGUGCAGGAGUACGAAAGAGCUGUGAUAUUCCGGCUGGGCAGGCUUCUAUCCGGCGGCGCCAAAGGCCCAGGAAUCUUCUUCAUUCUGCCGUGCGUGGACAGCUACGCGCGCGUGGACCUGCGCACCCGCACCUACGACGUGCCCCCGCAAGAGGUACUGACCAAAGACAGCGUGACGGUCUCGGUGGACGCGGUGGUGUACUACCGCGUGAACAACGCCACGAUCUCGAUCGCCAACGUGGAGAACGCCCACCACAGCACCCGGCUACUCGCCCAGACGACGCUGCGCAACACCAUGGGCACGCGACCGCUUCACGAGAUUCUCAGCGAGCGCGAGACCAUCUCCGGGAACAUGCAGACCUCGCUGGACGAGGCCACCGACGCCUGGGGCAUCAAGGUCGAGCGAGUCGAGAUUAAGGACGUCAGGCUGCCGGUGCAACUGCAGCGCGCCAUGGCUGCCGAAGCCGAAGCCGCGCGCGAGGCGCGCGCCAAGGUCAUCGCCGCCGAGGGCGAGCAGAAGGCAAGCAGGGCUCUGCGCGAAGCUUCCGAGGUGAUUGGCGAUUCGCCGGCUGCUCUUCAGCUGCGCUAUCUUCAGACUCUCAACACCAUCUCGGCCGAGAAGAAUUCAACGAUUGUAUUCCCGUUACCAAUUGACAUGCUAACUUACUUUUUGAAGGCUAAAGAGGCGGCCUAAACGAUCCAAUUUUUCAUUUUUCUAACACCUACAA